AAAGUUCAUCCCCACGGCUCCAUCCAAGAUGACUUUGGAGGUGGUGCUGCGUGUCGGCGUUCUUGCUGCCGCUUGGGUACACGUGCUGCUGGCUUUCGGAGAAAGGUCCCACGCCGGUUACAAGGAGGAGAUUGUGUUUCCGGAAAAGCUGAACUCCAGCGCCCUCCAGGACUGGCCCGAGGAGAGCGGCGAGGUGUCCUCGGAGGGGCAUCUGAGGUUCCGGUUCAGGGCUUUCGGAGAACAACUGGUCCUGGAUCUGGAGAGGGACCCGAGCUUUCUCUCCGAGGACUUGACGGUGCAGUACCUGGGCAGGAACGGGCAGACGGACGCCAGCGGGCUCUCCGAAUCCGGCAGCUACUUCACGGGGGCCGUCAAUUCCGACCCCGAGUCUAUCGCCGCGGUCAACUACAACGGCGCCUCCCUGCUGGGGGUGCUCCAGUACCGGGGGUCGGAGUACCACAUCCAGCCGAUGGAAGGCGGAGGGCAGAACAGCGCCGAGGGCGUGGGGGCGCACGUCAUCCGGAGGAAAGUGCCGGAGAAGGCCAACGGGCCCAUGUGCAACGUGGGGCCACAGGUUUCCAAGCAGGUGACUGGAGACGCAGACGGUGAUAAUGGUCAUGGCCAACACAAGGCGGCAUCAACGAAAAGAUCGAAGCGCUUCGCAUCGUUGCCUCGUUAUGUGGAGACUUUGGUUGUCGCCGACGAGACAAUGGCCACCUUCCACGGAGCGGGCCUCAAGAGGUACCUGUUGACCGUCAUGGCAGCUGCCGCCAAAUUCUUCCGCCACCCGAGCCUAAAGAACCCGGUCAAUGUUGUGGUGACGCGGCUGGUGGUGAUCGGGCGGGCGGACCAGUCCAACACCUACAAGGGGCUGAAGAUGACCACCAAUGCUGCCGAGAUGUUGAGGAACUUCUGUGAAUGGCAGAAAGGACUGAACAAACCCAACGACUCGGAUUCGGAGCAUUUUGACACGGCCAUUCUCUUCACCCGCCAGAACCUUUGUGGAGUAUCCACCUGUGACACGCUUGGCAUGGCUGAUGUUGGUACAGUUUGCGAUCCGUCAAGGAGUUGUUCCAUUGUCGAGGAUGACGGCUUGCAGUCUGCUUUUACUGCUGCCCAUGAGCUAGGCCACGUCUUCAACAUGCUCCACGACAACUCCAAACCUUGCAUUGAAGUCAACCGCCCGGCCAGCAAUACCCGUCACAUGAUGGCACCUGUUAUGUCAUUUGUGGAUCCCGAAGAGUUGUGGUCACCAUGCAGUGCCAAGUUCAUCACCGACUUCUUGGACAACGGCAACGGUCAUUGUCUUUUGGACAAGCCACGAGCCCCUCUCCGCCUUCCAGUCCCGUUCCCUGGAAACGACUAUGAUUCUGACCGCCAGUGCCAGCUAACUUUCGGUCCCGAGUCUCGACACUGCCCAAACCUCCACACCCCUUGCUCCUCUCUAUGGUGCACAGGGAGGAUCGAUGGACACUUCAUGUGCCAAACUAAGCACUUUCCCUGGGCAGACGGGACACAGUGUGGAGUCGGAAAGACUUGUAUGAACGGCCGGUGCAUCAGCAAAGUGGAGAUGAAGGCCUACAAUACUCCAGUCAAUGGAGGUUGGGGUCCUUGGGGUCCAUACGGGGAAUGCUCACGGACGUGUGGUGGUGGAGUUCAGUUCUCUCAUCGUGAAUGCAACAAGCCAGUCCCAAAAAAUGGCGGGAAGUACUGCGAGGGGAAGAGGACUCAGUACCGCUCUUGCAACACACAGGAGUGCCCAACCGGCAAUGCGAUGACAUACCGAGAGCAGCAGUGUGCCAUCUAUAACCACCGGACUGACCUCUUUAAGGGUUUUCCAUCACCCAUGGACUGGGUUCCCCGCUACAACGGAAUCACAGAGAAGGACCAGUGCAAACUCACCUGCCAGUCACGUCCUCUGGGUUACUAUUAUGUCCUGGAGCCACGGGUGGCAGAUGGCACUCCAUGCUCUCCAGACUCCACUUCAGUUUGUGUACAGGGGCGCUGCGUCCAUGCUGGCUGCGACCGAGUUAUCGGAUCCAAGAAGAAAUUUGAUAAGUGCAUGGUGUGUGGUGGGAACGGCUCCGCCUGUACCAAGACAUAUGGAUCGUUUACAAAAUCACGGUAUGGCUACAAUGACGUGGUCACCAUCCCAGCAGGUGCCACAAACAUUCUGAUCCGUCAGAACAGUGGGUCGUCCUCAACGAGCGAUGGCAUUUACUUGGCCAUAAAAAGGCAAGAUGGACCCUACGCCCUCAAUGGAAACUAUAUCCUGGUGCCCUCGGAAGUGGACGUCAACAUUGGGGGAGGCUUGACUUUACGGUACAGCGGGGCCACCAAAGCCAUGGAGACCAUUGUUGGACGCGGACCCCUGAAAGAAUCCAUCACUAUCCAGGCCCUGGUUGUCAAUGACCAGAGAGCCCCGCGUCUCAAAUACACCUUCUUUGUCCCUAAACCCACCACGAGGUCCACCCAAGUCAAGAAACCGGCAGAAGACUGGAUGAAACGGAGGGCGCAGAUACUUGAAAUUCUGAGGAAGACCCGAAACAGCCACAAAUGAUCAGCAGAAGAUGCAGUGGGACCUUUAUGUCUCGAUUGACAGAGACAAGCUAGCACAUUCCGACCUAAUGUCUCUUAGGGAGGAAGUUUAAGCGUUUUUGGAGGCAGCAUCUUCAAGCUAUGCAUAUAAAGGACUGGAUAGAAGCACCUUUGACUAAAUAUUCAAAAAUAUCCUGAGCUGAAAUGAACAGGCGACAUCCUGUAGACCAAUUAAUGGGCAGCUCCGCAAACCAAUCAAGCAAC